CUUACUAGCAGGGCAAGGAUUAGGCUUUCUCUCUCUCGCUACAUAUAUGUCCCUAUUUCCUUCUGUUUUCCUCUACUCUUUAUUGUAUUUCUCUCUACACCAAAUUAGUAUUUUUGUUUCUGAGUAGUAGGCCUACAGUUUGAGAAGAGUGCCUGUCGAGUCCUAAGGCCAGCGGUGGUGCCAGCUCCCAACCACAACCCAAGAAGGAGUCCCAACCCCAGCAGCCCAAGUUGACCAAGAAGGAACCCAAGACAGAGCCUCAUACCCAGGAGGAAGAAGAAAACAUGCCCUCAGUACACAUCAAACCAGAACCACAGGAGGUGGAGUCCACGGCUGAAGUAGGUGAGGAGUGUCCCCAGCCUACAGACCUGAAGAUCAAGACAGAGAAGACCCAACCUGUGUCUCCCCCUCCACUCUGCACAGACACAGACACAGACACAACAACAGACGACUCCUCCCUCCCCCCGGAGGACCAGACGGAACCUGUCGACCUGUCACUCGGCAAGCCUCGCUCCUCCCUGCCCGUCUCUACGCCGACAGCCAACCCCGUCCCGAGUUCCGUGGCGAUGCCCACGCUGUCGGCAACCCCCAUCCCUACGGUAACCUUUCUAGACACCAUGAUGCUCUCCCCCGGGUCCAUCCUAGCGUCCACCCAGGGGGCAGGCGGUCAGCAGAUCCUGCAUGUCAUCCACACUAUCCCGUCGGUCAACAUGCCCAGUAAGAUGGGCCAGCUGCAGACCAUCCCCGUGGUGGUCCAGUCUCUGCCCGUAGUCUACACCACCAUUCCCACGGACGGGGUGGCCACCGCUGCCAUCACGGUCCCGCUCAUAGGGAGUGACGGGCGCUCGGAGGGAUCCGGUGAGUCCGAUGCAGGGAGGAUGGUGCUGUUGGUUGAGAUGGGGCUUUGAGGUUUUUGUUAUAGAUUGUAGUCAGUUAGCAUACGCUCUUGUCCAUUUGAAGUGAUGAGGCUGAAACAAUCACAAUACGAACGUCAGAAGUACAACCUUCUAAAAUAAUGUUUGAAAUAAAAAGCGUCAAAGUUAAACAGAUAAUUCACCCAAAUUACCUAUUAGCAUUUUUGCGCUUCAUUUUCGAAACAUCUAUAAGUAACUUCAUUGAGUGAAACAAUCCAUUUUGAGAUACUAAAGGAUUAUUUGGAAAUGAAGCGUGGAAAUGCUAAUAUAGGUACCAUUAACUUGCAUUGGAUUUGUGCCAACAAUGCAAAAAUGUUGCAUUUGGAACCGUGGUUAGGUGAACAACACCAAAGCAUGGAUUGCUGUCAUACUUUCUCCAUAAAGUGCUUACAGAGUAAGAAAAUCUAUUUGUCCUUUUGUAAUUUGGGUGAACUAUCCCUUUAAUAGAGAAACGAUAAUAGAGUUCUCUCUGGUCACAUCUAUCCUCCUCUUCUCUAGCAGGAAGAAGUAGGUGAUUUCUCUCACUUACACGUCGUUCCUCAUCUUCCUCACUUUAUCGCACAAUCGGGUGUCACUUGACCUCCUGAACGGUUUUCUCGCAAGCGAUACAUCUCUCCUGGGUCUGUUCGAUGUUAACUCUCUUCAAAACAAUCUCACGCUGACAUACAAGCUCUUUCUCACAGAUACAUGCACCUGUUGUAUCUCACUGUCAUGCACAUUCUCAUUCUCUUUUUCCUCUCUUUCAGUUAUAAUAUCUCACUGUUUCUCAUUCACCCCGUCACAAUAUCUCACACGUGACCCGUCCCUAACUGUCUUCAUAAGGACGCCUGUCCCUGCACACACGCACGUACACACACACACACACACACACACACACUAAAAACAUAUGGCAAAUAGAAAUCCAAUAUGGAUGGUGUUAAGAGAUGCACCACCAUUCAGAAGUUUGCGGUCACCUAGAAAUGUCCUUGUUUUUGAAAGAAAAGCAAAUUUUUUGUCCAUUAAAAUAACAUCAAAUUGAUCAGAAAUACAGUGCAGACAUUCUUAAUGUUGUAAAUGACUAUGCUGGUGACACUGUCAGUGAUUUAUUUAGAAUUCAAGGCACACUUAACCGGCAUGGCUACCACAGCAUUCUGCAGCGAUACGCCAUCCCAUCUGGUUUGCGCUUAGUGGGACGAUCAUUUGUUUAUCAACAGGGAAAUUACCCAACACACCUCCAGGCUUUUUAAGGACUAUUUGACCAAAAGGGAGUGUGAUUGAGUGCUGCAUCAGAUGACCCUGGCCUCCACAAACACCUGACCUCAACCCAAUUGAGAUGGUUUGGGAUGAGUUCAACCACAGAGUGAAGGAAAAGCAGCCAACAAGUGCUCAGCAUAUGUGGGAACUCCUUCAAGACUGUUGGAAAAGCAUUCCAGGUGAAGCUGGUUGAGAGAAUGCCAAGAGUGUGCAGUGCUGUCAUCAAGGCAAAGGGUGGCUACUUUGAAGAAUUUAAAAUAAAACAUAUAUUUUGAUAUGUUUAACACUUUUUUUGGUUACUACAAGAUUCAAUAUGUGUAAUU